CCUGGGGCGUCGCAGAUUGUAUCGCGUGAGAGCCGCGGCCAAUGAGGAGGCGGAAGUGACGGCCGCUCCCCAGUCCCCCGCAGCUGCUACGAGGCUGAAGCCGGAGUGGAUUGCUCUUCUGGAGAAGCUGGUUCCUCACUUCCCAGGUAUCACCGAGAGCUCAGCAUCAAGGCUGAACUGUACCAUUUAGAAGAAUGGAAGCGAAUGCAUCUGUUGAAAUGUUUUCAAAAGUCCUAGAGAAUCAGUUGCUUCAGACCACCAAGCAAGUGGAAGAACAUUUGGAUUCGGAAAUUCAGAAACUGGAUCAGAUGGAUGAGGAUGAGUUGGAACACCUCAAAGAAAAGAGACUCAAGGCACUGAGGAGAGCUCAGCAGCAGAAACAAGAAUGGCUUUCAAAAGGACAUGGGGAAUACAGAGAAAUCCCUAGUGAGAGAGACUUUUUUCAAGAAGUCAAGGAGAGUAAAAAAGUGGUUUGCCAUUUCUACAGAGACUCCACAUUGAGGUGUAACAUACUAGACAGACACUUGGUGAUACUGUCCAAGAAACAUCUUGAGACCAAAUUUUUGAAGCUGAAUGUGGAAAAAGCACCUUUCCUUUGUGAGAGACUGCAUAUCAAAGUCAUUCCCACGCUAGCACUGGUGAAAGAUGGAAAAACACAAGAUUUUGUUGUUGGAUUUUCCGACCUAGGAAAUACAGAUGACUUCACCACAGAAACUUUAGAAUGGAGGCUGGGUUGUUCUGAUAUUCUCAAUUACAGUGGAAAUUUAACGGAGCCACCAUUUCAGAGCCAAAAGAAAUUUGGAACAAACUUCACAAAGCUGGAAAAGAAAACUAUUCGAGGAAAGAAAUAUGAUUCUGACUCUGAUGAUGAAUAAUUCUUUGUAAAUCGUCUCCUGACUUCAGAAUUAGAUACCAAACCAUGGAUCCAGGAAAUCUCAGAGAACACCAAGAAGGAAAAAUUCCAGACAAAACAAAACACAGAAGCCUUCACUGAGGCCUAUCAUUUUCAAACUACAGAAAAAUCAAAGAUAGAGAAAAAAAUCCUGAAGGAAGCAGAAGGAAAAAAUACCUUUCACUCUUCUGUAGGUAAGUUAAGAAUUACAGACUUCUCCUCAGUAACCAUGUGAACAAGAAGAGAAUAUAGUGAAAUGAAAAUGUUGGGAGAAAAAAGCCCACCAACCUAAAAUGCUGUACCCUGGGGCAUUACCCUUCAAAAGUGAAGGAGAGAUAAAGGCCUUUUUGGACAAACAGAAUUGAGGAAAAAUGUUGCCAGUAGACCUGCCUUGCAGUAAAUGUUAAAAGUUCUUUAGAGUGAAAGAAAAUAAUGUAGGACGGAAAAUUGGAUCCAAUAAGGAAAGAAGAUCAGAGAAGGAAUAUGUAAAAUAAAGACUUUUUUUUCUUCAUUGUU